CUUGGCUUUGGCAGCUGUGAUUUCCACUCGUAUUGAGAACUACUCCGAGUAAUCUCCGUGGGCGAGCAGUCUAGGUAGCAAUAUUCCAUACGCAAGUUAAAGCUACGAAACAGCACGAUGGCCUCUGUAAUUAUUUCAGUACAAAAUGCUGCGACUUUCAGCAGAGUUGCAGGCCGAGCGGUGCCUAGGCGACUGCCGGUGGUGAAGGUGCGCGCCGCGUCAUCUGCUGCUAGUGGACUGGAGGGUUAUAAAGUCCUGGUCGCAGGGGCAACAGGCGGCUCCGGAAAGGAGGUCGUGGCGGCGCUGGCGGCAAAGAACGUGCCAGUCCGCGCCCUUGUCCGGGACACCUCCAAGGCCGGUAGUGAGGGCCUGGCCGGCCUAGGCAGCGGCACAGAGCUGGUGCGAGGUGAUGUGUUUCAGUUCGCCAGCCUGCCGCCAGCCAUGGAGGACUGUACGGCGGUGAUUUGCUGCACCGGGGCCCGAGACCCCCGGGAUCCCCUGGGGCCAUUCAACGUGGAUUACCAGGGCACCCUCAACCUCAUAGCCGCCGCCAAGCAAAAGGGCGUCAGACAGUUUGUACUCAUUAGCAGUAUUGGCGCCGAUGACCUGCUGAACCCUCUGAACCUGUUCUGGGGCGUCCUAUUCUGGAAGAAACGCGCGGAGGAGGAGCUCCAACGUAGCGGCCUGACGUACACAAUCGUACGACCCGGAGGACUUAAGACAAAAUUGGGGCAGGGUGAGGUGGCUGGAAACAUUGUCAUGGGCGCUCCGGGCACCUUUGGAAUCCCGCCUGCUAAGAAGUCGGGUAGCAUCCUGCGCAGCCAGGUAGCCGACGUGUGCGUGGCGGCUCUGACGGAGCCCGCCGCAGCCAACAAGGUGGUGGAGGUCAUUGCGGAGAAGGACGCACCCAGCAAGCCGCUUGGGGAGCUGUUUGCCGGAGUGAAUUGGUUCUAA